AUGCCUACACGAAGCAAGGACCCCAAAAAGUGUACGCAUUGCCCUCGUGUGUUUCAAGGCCGUGGUCUCGCAGGCUACGAUAAACACGUCCGAGCAUGUGCUCGCGAGCGCGAAGAGGCGCGCGAGUUACGCCGCAUACAGUCAGUUCCGAAGCGGCAGAAGCGAAAUCCUCCGUUACCGACUGUCGUUGAGGAAACAAACCAGUCACACAUAGAUGCAGGGCAUCCGCCCGACGACUUUGACCGCUUCCAGGCUCCAGAUCCCAUAUUCAAUGUAACUAAUGGAUGUGAUGUGUACGGACCUCAUCUGCCGUCAGUUUACAUCCUUCUUCGCCCUCAUCACCAUGCUCGACAGUCCGAGAAUGCUUGUUCGGUCAUCGUACCUCUUGACCAGGCUACCGAGUAUGCUGGACCCGCCGCUCCCGUGAUGCUGCGGCGUAAAGAUAUCAAUACAAGGCUUCCGACAUACCACCCGUUCAAAUGCGAGGCUGAUUUCGAGGUCGCCGAGUUUGCUGUCUUGAAUGGGCUCUCGGAUGGCGCCGUGAAUCAUCUAUUAGCGAAGAUGGAUGGUAAAUGGGCUGAGAACAAGCUCACGACGUUUCGCAAUCAUGAUGAUCUCAACCGCGCCCUGAAGUUUGCCCGUCGCUAUGUAGUUCCAUUCCAGACAGACUCUGUUUUGGCAACUUUCGAGGGUACGGAACAUCGUGUGGAGAUCGAGUAUCGCGAUCCUUGGGCGUGUGCCGUGAACUACGCGACAGAUCCUUCGCUUGCCCCACAUAUCACCUGGUAUUCGUAUCGAAAGUUUUACUGCGAGGAUGGCGUGAAGAUUGAGAUGCCGCUGUAUGAUGAUCCUGCGACAGGAUCAAUCUGGCAUGAAGUAGAUGACGAGCUAGAUGCUGCUCAGAAACGCUCACACGGCCACCUCCCUCACUGCUACUUCCCGUGGCAGAUCUGGUUCGAUAAGGGCAAUAUGACGAAGCACUUGAAGUUACAUCCCAUGAUCAUACGGCCGUGCUUUGUCCCGUCUGCUGUUGCGAACGGAUCUGGUAAUGGCGGCGGCAUCUUCAUCGGUUUCAUCCGCAAUAUCCCGCCGCUCGACAAAAGCAAGGCAGGGGUUGGGAAAACACGCGGGACGGUAUACCAGCAGGCGUACUCACGCUUUCGUGCCGAGAUCUAUCAGAAGGUUCUCGGCAAGGUAUUCUGCUCUUGGUACGAUCGCUCGCGCUAUGGCGAGGCACUCACAUGUGGGGACGGACGGCGCCGCAUCCUUCAUCCGGGUGUCCUCAUUAAGUCUAUGGACGCUCAGGAGCACGCCGAAUGUAACUGUGUGCGCCAUGCGAGCGCCGAUGUCCCGUGCUUUCAGUGUUUAGUGCCCCAGAAUCGUCUCAGCGACCUUCGGCAUAUCUUUCCACGACGAACCGUCAAAAAUAUGCGCGAUAUUUUGGCGCAGGCACGUGGGGAAGACACGUCUGCUUCGGAAAAGUCCAAGCUCCUCCAAAAGAACGGCAUGCACGACCUCGAGCCAUUCAUGUGGAAUCUUCGCUUUUCGGACCCGUAUCGAUCGAGUGUAUAUGACAAACUCCACUCUCCUGACUCUGGGCUUUUUGGGAAGCACGCGUGGCCUGCAAUCACGGACUACCUGCGAGAUGAAGGGUUACUCGGCCAGUAUGAAAAGAAUACGUCUGAAAUCGCGCGAUGGAGGUCCUUGAGACACUUUGAGCGCGUGGCUUCUCGAGAGUACUAUGAUGCAAAUGUCUACAUGGAUGUUUCAAGGUGCUUGCCGGCUUGCAUAGUGCAGCUCUUUCCGCCCAACUCGGCAGUCGUGCAUUGGGCGCGAGCAUACCAGCACGUCCGCAUGCUUCUCGGCUUGGAGUGCAACUCAGAAAACCGCCUGAACUCGUUGCAUAAGCGCAUUCUGAAGCUAUGCGACAUAAGUGAUAAAUUCACCGGCGAGCUCGGCAAGAGCCUCAACUUCCUGAAGAUGCAUCUUCUGCAACAUGUAAUCGACGACAUUCGUGGAGCAGGAUCAACGGUCAAUGGCGACACGCGCAAGAACGAGGGAUUUCAUCAAGAGCUCAAGAGCAUGCUAUCCCGCACGAACUUCAAGGAUAUCGAGCGCCAGAUCGACAUACAAGACAUGAACCGUGAGAUAAUCGCCCGGAUUCGCAUGUACGUUGACAACGAGGCCGAGCGAUUCAAGAAGGAAAAGGAGCGCGAACACGAGGAGCUCACUGGAGACGACAAUGAUGGUGCCGGUCAAGAUCCCGCCGACCCGUCUUCGGUGCCAGAAGAUGCAUCUUCUGAUGAUGUUUCUCCUCACUGGAAACUUUGGGGCCGUGUGCGCAGAGGUGCGGAUACGAGCGCCACUUAUUCUCGCACAGUUGGUAUGCCGAAGUUUGAUGUGUCUCUUCGAACCUUCCUUGAACAUACCUUCGGCGAAGAUGCACCACCUCGCACGGAUGCUCUCCAUAUGAAAGCAUACAAGACAUUGUAUCUCUACUAUCAGUCUCUCGCAGACUGGACCGAGGCGCAUGACAUCUUACAUGCAAGCCCAAAGUUCCAAGGGCGCCCUCGAUACGACUGCGCAGUACUGAAUGUGGAGAACAAUGCAUCGCGCGAUCAACGAAUGUCAUUCGUGCGCUUACAGGGCAUGUUCCGCUGCAAGCUGCGCUCGGGGAAAGAGGUUGAUGUUGCUCUGGUGAAACGCUUCCAGCACUCAAAAUGGAAGCCCAGAACGGCAUGGGAUGGGUGUCAGGUAGAGGCAGAGGUAAAUCGACUUGAGUUCAUCCUUAUACAGUAUCUGGUUCGCGGCGCACACCUCAUUACCGCGUUCGGUGCCCCCACAAACCGAAAGGAGGGCUUGCUGUUCUUCUUCAAUGACUGCAUCGAUAAUGACAUGUAUCUUCGCAACCAUAAGCUAUAUUACUAG